AUGGACGUGAAAAAGAAGAAGUUUGCCACCACGAGCGGAUCACUGUCGUUGGGGACGUUUCAUGAUAACCUGGAUGAAGAUGAGGAUUCCGAUGAAGAUGAGGAUUCCGAUGAAGAUGAGGACGCGCAUGACUGCAACUGCAAGAAGACUGUGCACCAUGAAGUUAUUAUGCUUGUGCCCUACAAGAACCUGGAGAACAUACUUCGGGCAGUUGGAUCACCUGACCACGUUGACAGCCUGGUGCAGCUAGUCUUGCUACGCUUGAAGGACAUAAAAAAGUGGGAUGAAGACCUUGAUUCGGUGAUCCCCCGUUUUUUUACUGCCUGUGUCAGAGGUGAAUGUGUUUAUAGACCAAACAAGACACUUGGAAGGAUCCUACUAUGGGCACGUCGAAAUUUCGAGGAUGGUCUAUUUGCGGACUGUCUGAAAGCUAGCGUCUAUCAUGGGAAUCUAUCUUUCAGCUUUUAUACCGGUCUUGGCGCGGUAUUGAAGGAUGAGCUCUCACAUGAUAUGAGUUGCUCGCAGGUUGAGGAGGCGCUGUCCUCGAUACUACAUGGCCUUGUCAAUCAAGGUGACUAUUUUGCGCUGACGAUAGUGGAUUCGAUUCUUUCAAGACUGCAUAAGGAGAUUCGGUGUUGUCGACUCAGGGCUACGUUUGAUACCUGGAAAGCAGCUGUGCUUGACAGAGAGCUGAGAGGAAGAUCCUCAUUCCGUCAUGCUGACCUUGACUUCGUCAUCAAAUCCCUCAAUGAAUCCAGUGGACUUUUAUCAUCCGUAUGGCCAGUACAUGCAAUUACACGCAGCCCCCAUAACUGUCUCCUGGAAAUACUGUCCUGCGCCUUCAAAAACCAUCUUCGAGUAUGGCAAAAAGGUUGCCACAAGAGGCAAGAAUUUCAAAGUCUCUACAUGGUAAUUUUAGAUGGAAGUCAAUGGAGCCUUGCUCUCAGGGAGUCCGACAUCAAACACACAUGGUCUGCUGCACCCCACCACUCAGGCACUUGGUUCAUCUCCAUGGUGGUUCAGAGCCUUCAACAGGGUUUACUGUCUUCUCUGCUCCCCAUUAUCAAGUACACUUGUCAGAAUUUCACUGCCGGAGUAUCCCGCAAUGGUACCCUUGCAUUUCGGGAUAUGUCUUUGGCGGGCUUCCUUGGAGACAUGUGCCAGUCACUUCAAGAUGCGAGUUCGCUGCUCGACGAGGAAGAUAGACAAAAUCUGACACCAAUCAAGCCUGUCUCUGCAGACGACGUCAAAGCGGUCUUUGAGGAGAUUCUCCGCCAUGGGGUUCUCAAACCAAUGCCUACUCGCCAAGCCGUAGACGACUUCCCGGGAUGGGCAAUCGCAUCCAGAGGGUGCGGAAAGCGAGACUGCGUUGAUUGCGCGGUCCUUGAUGCUCUCUUGGGCCACGAGACGGCCAUUGUCGCGCAUUUCAAUGAAUGGUCUCUCCGCAGCGGUGUAGAUCACCUUAUCGGGCAAUUGACCAAGAGAACGGCUGAGUGGCCAGCACCCUUCGAGUACAGCAUCAAGGGUGAAAUAGGCUCACGAACUGUCACCCUAACAAAACAAGAGAGAGUCUUGCGCGAAAGGGUGCAACACAGUUAUGAGUAUGCGAUGCGGUCUCUUCGGCGGCGGGUGGCGCCCCUGAAGAAUGAGUACAUGAAACAAGUCCUCGGCCGGGAACUCUAUGGCGAGCUUGUUCUUUUAGGAGAAGAGGACGAGGAAGAGGCUACAGAGUGUGACCAAUGCAUCACAGACAUCGAUUUUGAGGGUGACUCCGAUUCAACCCAGACGUGCAGCGACGCGGCUCAACUUUCAACCUCGUCCAUCAAGAGACCGGCACCGAGCUCUCCUGACACUGGAUCCAUGCCCAAAAGGCUAAAGACUGAUUGAAGUAUGGGACAUUGCAUGUUUGUUUUUGUGAACCAAUAACACUAGCAAGUAAAAUAAUGGCUAAC